GUCAACAAUUCUAAGAACGGCUCUCCAUAUUAAGGCAGAGAAUCUUCUAUAUUUGGUAAUCACAGAUAACUCCUUAGUGGUAGAAGAUAAGAAAAAAAUCUAUAUAAGUCUUGAUUCUCUCUGUCUAUCUUUGUGUCAUAAACGUAAACAAAGAAGUAGACAUGUCAACACUCAAGAACACUACUCCGGUUAACGGUGUUUCCCAAUCCUCCAUCAUUCGAGCUUCCAUCAUCCAAGCCUCCACCGUCUAUAACGAUACUCCGAAAACUAUUGAAAAGGCAGAGAAGCUGAUUGCUGAGGCGGCGAGCGGUGGCUCAGAGCUGGUGGUGUUCCCGGAGGCAUUUAUCGGUGGCUAUCCUCGUGGCUUUAGGUUCGGUAUGGGGGUUGGUGUUUUUAACGAAGAUGGUCGUGAUGAGUUCAGAAAGUAUCAUGCUUCUGCCAUUCAUGUUCCUGGCCCUGAAGUUGAAAAGCUGGCAGAGAUUGCUAGAAAAUACAAUGUGUACUUGGUGAUAGGGGCUAUAGAGAAGGAUGGAUAUACACUCUACUGCACAGCCCUUUUCUUCAGUUCGGAAGGUCGGUUCUUGGGGAAGCACCGUAAAGUCAUGCCAACAACUACCGAACGAUGCAUUUGGGGUUACGGGGAUGGGUCAACCAUCCCUGUUUAUGACACUCCCUUAGGCAAACUCGGUGCUGCUAUUUGCUGGGAAAAUAGGAUGCCUCUUUAUAGAACUGCUUUGUAUGCAAAAGGAGUUGAGAUUUAUUGUGCACCUACUGCUGAUGAUUUCCCUGAACAUCCUGAUUACUUGUUUACUGACUGGUACGAUGACCAAGAACCUGAUUCUAUUGUUUCCCAAGGCGGUAGUGUCAUCAUUUCACCACUGGGAAAGGUUCUCGCUGGACCAAACUUUGAAUCAGAGGGUCUCAUCACAGCUGAUCUUGAUCUGGGUGAUGUCGCAAGAGCCAAGUUAUACUUCGAUGUGGUGGGACAUUACUCGAAGCCUGAAGUUUUUAACUUAACAGUAAAUGAGCACCCAAAAAAACCAGUUACAUUUGUGUCAAAGUCAGUGAAAAUGGAAGAUGACUCAGAGCCUGAAGACAAAUAAUCAAGAUAUGAAAGUCAUCAAUUUAUCCUCUCCAUAACUGUUGGAUUUAACGACGAUUAUAUAUUGUUGUCAUGGUAAAAUUAUCCGGUUAAGCUUGUUUAUGUAUAUAUUCAAUAAUAUAAAAUCUAUGUUUGAUCAAAUCAAUUGGUUCUCUUUGCUUGUUCAUUUAAUAAAUUAAAAUUUAUAGUUUCAUCAUAUCACUUGAUAUGUAUAAAGUUUAUUAUUGAUUUUUUAAGUUGUAUCAAAUUGUUAAUCACAAAUUGAUACAUUUAU